GGCAAAAUUGCAGAUAGAUUUAUUUUUAAGUAAAGGGUAUUGAAAAUUUGCUUCAAUCAUGGCAGAGGAAGAGGCUCCGGAGAAUGUCAGGCAGCGAGGGGUCAGGGCGCGACGUCGUUUCAAGGCUUUAGUUAGGAUGGUGAUGAUCAAUCGGGCCUGGCUCGUAGGUGAUCCAGAAGAGGAUUUGAACCAUGAUUUCCGAAAGAACGUUAAGCUUUUGUCCUCGAAGAGACAGCAGAAGAGCAUCCUCACCUUACAUCUCAAAGCAAUUUUGUGUAAGCCGCACGAUGAACGCACAGAGGAAGACAUCAGUCUUCUGCUCAAAACUAUAAGCAAUAUAAAAUGUUUCAGAAAGUACGACGAUAAUGUGAAGAAGAAGAUUGCAGGAUUUGCGUACUUUAGGUUCUUCGGACCCGGACGCGUUUUGGUGCGCCAGAACCACGAGGCGCAUGCACUUUAUAUCAUAAUCAGCGGCGAUGUCUCUGUCUCUGUGACGACCUUCGAUCCGAUCCUCAACUACUACGAAAACACCUUUAUGAAGACGCUAACCAAAGGCGAUAUGUUCGGAGAGGUCUCCCUGCUUAGCGGCAUGAAGAGAUCCGCUACCAUGACAACCACAACUCCUGUUGAGCUGUUGCUAGUGAACAAUGAGGAUUUCAACGAGGUGCUGAGAGAAACUUUGCAGACCCAGUGGAACUAUAUCAUUGGUCAUCUGGAUUCAUUCACGUAUUUUGAAGAUUGGGACUAUCCGACUAAACAGAACUGCUGUGUCAUCUCAAAGCUGAAAAAGUUUGCAAAGAACGAGACGAUCAUCGGCGAUGGUGUCGGAAUGCCGCAAUACGUCCAUCUGUUGCUGAAGGGACAGUGCCGUUUGAUCGAACACCUCCUUCUGGACACGACGAAAACUCACAACGGAAAAAUCACUUACAAGCUGCACGUGAAGCCCCCUGAUAAUUAUGUCCAUUCAACGAUGACAUUACAAGGAAGUCCACACAUUUCCACGAACAAAGAAGAGCCUAUUAAAGGAGUGCGAAAGACAGAAAGCAGUAAGCUGGUGCAUUCAGAAAAACGAGGGACGAUCAGGUUUUCUGCUAAAAACAUUGCGAAAUCUAGACAAAGCGUGAGUCCGUACCAAAAGAGCAAACGAAAACUAGUACAAUCCGAGCAUCGUCUGAGUGGCAUGGAGAUAGGUAGGAGGUCUUCAAGUCGGAGACUCACAGUGCACAGUAUGGACGAUGAAAUCAGUCAACUGGCAAUUCAAGAUACAACCGCGUUGAGGUACAACGAACUAGAGCAUUUGCAUUAUUUCCCUGAUAAAGCAACUACCGUCUUCAUGCAGGUGUGCAUUUAUUCGGAGAAGGCUUGCUUCUGCGUCGGUGAAAACAUGGAGAGGCGUCGGAUAGUCGCCCUUUCUCCUGUCGAGCUGCUACUUAUACCGCGAUACUGGAUAGAUUCAACGCCUAAUCCCAACAAGUGGGGUCAGAUUAAGGCCUAUCUGGAUGCGCGCAUCCCCAGCACCAAAAACAUCUUCGAUAAGUUUGUGCAGAAUCGUGAAUGGAAGAAUAAGAUUCACAUUCCGCAGUGUAAGAGGCCGACGAGAAAUUGCCUAGCGAACGUUCCAUAUUCAAUUCGAGUUCGGGAGGGAUUUAAUCUUUGACAAUAAAUUGUUUAAGAAAGAUAUUGUUUUAGUGUACCUAUUGAUUGAAUAUUAGUAUGCAAAUGCGAG